UUUAAAAAACAAAUAAGAAAAACAGUUGCCAUAUAUCUCUGCCGUGCACCACGUGACUUCCUUUCCGGUCUAACCUGACAACAUGGACGCCAGCCGCGUGCAGCCGAUCAAGCUCGCAAGAGUCACCAAGGUGCUCGGAAGAACUGGUUCCCAAGGACAGUGUACACAGGUCCGGGUUGAGUUCAUGGACGACAGCAACCGCUCCAUCAUCAGGAACGUGAAGGGCCCAGUCAGAGAAGGAGAUGUGCUGACACUUCUGGAGUCUGAAAGAGAAGCCAGGAGGCUGCGAUAGGGCCCGCUGAAGCUUUGAGGUGCGAGUCCAUACUGUGAAGCAGGAUGAUGUACACUAGGAUCUGAUGUUUCACUUGAAAUGGCCUACGAUCUCACUUGUUCAGAUGCUUUGAAAUAAAUUUGGAUAUUAAGAUGA